ACUCUCCUAUUCUUGAAACCACAAAAAGCGAAACACGAAAAUGGCCUCCAACUUGGAAGAAACACUCGGGAAACUUCUUGUUCCAGACAAUAACACAAUUCAGCUGGCAACACAGCAGCUGAAAGAAUUGUUUAAGGACCCCAACAUUGUCCCUGGUCUCUGUCAGGUCCUAGGAUCUUCACAAGUGCCUCAGGUUCGCCAAUUUGCAGCGGUUCUUUUGAGAAGAAAAAUCCAGAAAGGGAGACAGUAUCGUGCUCUGCCAGAAAAUAUCAUUGCUAAUAUCAGAGAUAACAUCUUACAGAUACUUGUACAAGAACCGGAGAAGAGUGUGAGGAACUCCAUCUCCCAGGUGAUUGCCGUGGUAGCCAAGCAUGACCUUCCAACCAACAGCUGGCCACAACUGCUACAGUUUCUGGGGGUCUCGUGCAAAAGUCAAACACUUUUGGAGAGAGAGACUGGUGUGUUUGUGCUUCACUCGGUGGCAGCCGGGGCAGGAGAACAACUGAAGCCUCAUCUGGCAAGUCUGCUACAGAUGCUGUCAGUAGUGGUCAAUGAUGCCGAGAGUCUACUUGUACCGUACUACUCUAUCAGAACAAUCACAGAGUUGAUCUUCUUUAUUGGAGAAGAUGAGAAGCUGUGCAGCAUUGACAGAAAGUACGUUCAGGGAAUGAUUCCAAGAAUUUUGGAGUUUGCCAAACUUAUUAUACCACAGGAUGAGGAGAAAGCCUGUGAAAUGUUGGAGGUGUUUGAUGAGAUGCUGGAGUGUGAAGUCAACAUCAUUGUGCCGUACAUGAAAACAGUGGUGGACUUCUGUCUAGAGGUUGCUGGGACAGCUACUCUGGGCGACAGCGUGCGAGUCAAGGCCAUGUCAUUCAUAGCAUCAUUCGUCAAGCUCAAGAAGAAGGCUUUCCUGAAACAGAAGUUGGUAAAUCCAGUGUUGAAUGUGAUUUUCCCUGUGAUGUGCGCUGGGUCAGAAGAUGACGAAGAAGAUGAAGAUGAAAUAAUAGAUGAAGUAGAGGCACAGAAGCCCUCGGUGUACGGUCCUCAGGUGAUUGAUACCAUGGCUCUCCAUCUUCCUCCCGAUAAAUUCAUCCCAAAUCUGAUGGCAAUUGUAGAGCCGGCCAUUUUGAGCGAGACCGCCUCCCACCGACGUGCAGCCUACCUUGCUCUGGCUGUGGUUGUCGAGGGCUGUGCUGACUAUAUCACAAACAAACACUUGCAGGCAGUGUUACAGUGUGUUGUUAAGGGUUUGAAUGAUCCAGACCAACAGGUCAGGAACUCAGCACUUUUUGCUCUUGGGCAAUUUUCUGAACAUCUACAGCCCGACAUCAGCAAGUUUGCCUCAGAGUUACUUCCCCUGCUGUUCCAAUACCUUGGUCGAGCAACACAGGAGGCAGAUAAAAACCCAAAAGGCCUUACCAAAAGCUACUAUGCUUUGGAGAUGUUCUGUGAAAACCUUGGUAAAGACAUUCUACCCUACUUGUCCACACUAAUGGAGCAUCUGAUCAAUGUCCUCAAGACCUCACCCACCAACCGACCCAAGGAGCUGGCAAUAAGUGCUCUGGGAGCCACAGUCAACGCUGCUAAGGAAGGUAUGAAGCCCUACUUCCCAGUUAUCAUCGAGCAAUUCAAAGGCUACCUCAUGGCAGGAGAGGACGAGGAGAUGAGAAAACUACAAAUACAGACCUUAGACACCCUUGGAGUGCUGGCUCGGGGAGUAGGAUUAGAGACUUUCCUGCCACUGACUAAGGAGUGUGCUCAGCUUGGUUUGAAUCUCUUACACAAUGUAGAUGACCCUGACCUUCGCAGAUGUGUGUAUGGGCUGUUUGCGUCGCUGUCCUCCAUCAUGAAAGGUGACAUCGGUCCGUACUUAGAAAAUCUUAUAACACAUAUGAUUGGUUCUCUGAAGUCUACAGAAGGUGUAAAGGCACAUGUGAAGGUAGCAGAAGAACAGGUGAGCAUAUUUAACGAGGAGGACUUUGGCGAGGAAGAGGACAUAUCUCAGGAAGACGAUGAAGAGGAUGACGAGCAGCAUAUAGAAGGGAUCAGCGUAGAAAACGCCUUCGUUGAUGAGAAAGAAGACACCUGCUGUGCUCUAGGGGAGCUGGCUGCCAAUUCAGGGGCGGUCUUCUUUCCAUACCUAGAGAAGAGUUUUAAGGAGGUAACAGAUAUGAUGGACUAUCCGGCCCAGGGAGUCAAGCGUUCUGCCUCAGCAGCCCUGGGCCAGAUGUGCAUCUGUGUCCACAAGGCCAACACAGACUCCCCAACACUGGAUACUCAGACAGCUCUGACUGCCAUGUUAAACACUGUGGUAGUAAAAUACCUAGAGCUGAUAAAGACUGAUGUUGACCGCGAGAUAGUGAUGACCGUCAUCGACACCUUAUCUGAGAUGCUGGACAAGAUUGGUCAGCCGGUGUUACAGGUCCAGGGAGCCAGAGAUGCGAUAUUGUCUAGGAUGAAGGAGGUUUUCACACAUAAGCUGGCUUGUCAGGAUCAGGAUGAAGACGAGGAUGAUGAGGAUGAGGAGGCGGAGUUUGAUGGGAUGCUGAUCGAGUCUGCAGGUGAUGUCCUGCCUCUGAUGGCCAAACUAAUCGGAGGUCCAGAGUUCCUUCCUUUCUUUUCUAGCUUCCUCCAGGACCUUGUGAAACGGCUGAAAGAGACAAGUGCUGUGUCGGAGAAGUCCUUUGCUGUGGGGACCCUGGCUGAGAUCGUGCAGGCCUGUGGGACUUCUAUCGUACCCUUCACAGACACUCUGUACCCACUGUUUAUGAAGAUGGUGAAGGAUGAGGAUGAUGAAGUACGAAGUAACUCUGUGUUUGCUGUUGGUGUCCUCCUAGCUACCAGUGGGGAGACAUUAUUCUCUCGAUAUCCUGAGGUUCUCAAGUGUCUGUUUGACGCCAUGAGUAAGGCAGAAAAUCCUCGUCUCCUUGACAACAUCUGUGCUGCCACCUGUCGGAUGAUCAUGGCAAACAAAGCUGGUGUUCCAAUGUCACAGGUUGUUCCCGUUGUGAUGCAAUGUCUUCCCCUGAAGGAGGACUUCGAGGAGAACGAAACCGUAUAUAAAUGCCUGUACGAGCUGUACAGCAGCUGUAAUGAGGAGAUUUUGAAGCAAACUCCAAAGUUACUUGAAGUUGUUUCUCAAGUUUUGGGUUCUGAAGGAUUGAAAGAUGAAACACAGUCCAUGCUGAUACAGAUGGUGAAAAUGAUACAAAAACAGUUCCCAGAAGACUUCAAAGCUAUCACGAAGAGCUUGCCUCCUGAGCAGGGCAGUAAACUGGAAACAUGUCUGACUUACACCAACGGGGCGGCAUCGUAGCCUGUGUUUACUAUGGAACAAGGACUGAUGUCACAUCUGAUUGCCGCCUCAUAGCCUGUGUUUACUUUGGAACAAGGACUGACGUCACAUCUGCUUGCCGCCUCAUAGCCUGUGUUUACUUUGGAACAAGGGCUUACGUCACAUCUGUGCCCGCAGCCUAGCCCAUAGUCUGUGUUUACUUUGGAACAAGGGCUAACGUCACAUCUGUGCCCGCAGCCUCAUAGCCUGUGUUUACUUUGGAACAAGGGCUAACGUCAUAUCUGUGCCCGAAGCCUCAUAGUCUGUGUUUACUUUGGAACAAAGCCUCAUAACCUCAUGUUAACAUCAUGUUAAAUUAAAGGACUUACGUGCCAUCUGUGUCCUCCAUCAUAUUAAAUUAAAGGUUUCAUUAAUUGCCUCAUAAAGUAUCACUAGGUACUAGUAUAUGAGUCGUUUUUACCAGUGUAAAUUAUGAAUCAAAAAUAAUCUGGUAAAUAGAUGGUCUGCGGGGACAAAAGAAAAACUGAAGAUUUUAGAGUUAAAUGGGAACCAAAUCCUUAGAAUGAGGAGCUUCUCUAUCUGAAAAAAUGUUCAUUUUGAUUGCUUUCCCUUACCCUGCAUGAAAUGAUGAAAUGAUUACGGACCAUUUCUCCCUCUCCAGAGAGGUCCUGUUUGAUGUUUGAACUAUUGACCAUGCUUUUUGAAGUGUAAAACAUAUAAACGGGGAGGAAGUGUAGUGUUGUGUUGCAAAAAAAUUGCCUUCUGUGUGGUAGAAUGCAUGUAUUUUCAAAAAAGAUUUUUUUAAUAAUAUAAAAUAAAACAGUUCUUUAGUUCUUGUUUACGCAAAAAAAAAUGUGCUAAAUAGAGUAUUUUCAAUUGGUAUCAUCGGCAACAUUUGGUCUGUGUCAGAAUUGUUUGCAAUGUCUGUGAACUGUUGACAUAGUCUGUUCCGGUAUGUAAUGACUUCUGCAGCCAAAUUGUAAUUUUGAAAUUAUUGUUCAAUAAUAUUUCACUUUCUGUAAUUUUCACUUUCUAUUAAUAUCUGUUAUUGUACAUUGACUGUUUUAGAUGUUAUUGGGUUUCCUUUGUAAUAUACAGUUUGUCUGGUGGAGUCUUAAUAACUUCUUUACAUUUCAUAUUGUGGAAAUCCAACUAGGCUCUUAUUUUUCUAUUCAUUAUUUUUUUGUUGUAGAGAUAUUUUUUUCUUUUCCCACAGAUGUAAAAUAAUGAACUGACCAAUCACAACUGUCAUAACGGAAUACUGUUCAAACAAAAUGAUUAAUAUGAAAAAGAUGGAAGGAAAGCAUCUGAUCUUUUUGUGAAAGUAUUUUGUAAUAGAAAAUUAAUGUUUGAGUCCGUUGCCAAGUCUGAGGGCGUGAGAUGAAAUCUCAUUCUGAGACAUCCCAACUCCUGCUGAAGCGUGCCUCAAGCUGCAGGAGCCAUAAAUCUCACACAUUCAAAAAUGUUCCUCCUCAAUGUCGCGCAAAUCCAUAAAUCGACAAUUUAAGACAGUCACUAAGAGCCGACAAACAAUUGCAGAGUCUAAAUCCGAGUACUUUUGCUAAUUUGCUAAUUUGCUAAUAUUUAAUUUGGCUGCUGUCUGAUCAGUUGUGCAAUAGAAAGUACCCUGGGUAUUUUACAUUUUGGUACUUAAUCAUGGGUAAAUUUGCAGCCAACCUUCCACCUAACCUAGUGUAGUCGACGCAUUCACCUCAAGGGAAUUCUUGUUUUCAGAUACCGGUAUGUGGGUUUGAGUACUUAUCUUUUGUUCCUGUUGGGGCUAAUUGUUGAAGUUAGAUCAUUGAGAAAAUAGAUACCAUUUAAGAUUUCAACAUUUGUACAUUUUGUAUAUAGUGUACUAUAUAAGAUCAUAUUUAAUAUAAAAAAUAUCCACACAAUGAAUUUGUGUCGUGUGUAACAUUUGAAUGAAAUUAGGUUUGAUGCAUGUUUUAAAUAUAACUAUAAAAUGUCAUUUAUAUCUAUAUAUUUUACUCACCACAAAGUAAUAUUUCCUAAAUUCAUUUUAAUUAUAUAAACAGGUUGUGGGUCAAAGACUUGUAUUUCUCCAAUCUCCCUAUUAAUAUACAUGACAUACGUAAGACUGUUUAUGACAAUCUGCUGAAAUUACAGAACACAUUUAUUGAUAUUAAUGUUUCAUCACGGAGAUAUGACAUCUAUAUGAUAUUUUAGAAAAGUGUUCCUAUUUCUAUGAAGAUGAAAGACAAUUCUACUUCAAAUCUAAUUGAUAAGAUAAUAAAUCUACUUAUUUUAUGUGCAUGUACAGCAUCAUCAGCUAAUAGAAGCACAGUUUAGCAUAUUGCAACUUUUUUCAUAGGGUAAUAACAAUGAUUUGACAAAUGUGUAUUAUUUCUUUUUCUUAAAUGUAUGUAACAUUUUGCAUUCAACCUGUGAUUUGUGUAUUAUCUUCCUUCAAACUUUUUAUUACCAGGUUGUACCUAAUCAAACGUUAUCAGUUAAAGAAUUUAUAUGUUCUUUUCCACUGUGUCAUUAAUCAAUGAUAAUCUAAACUGAUAAACUUUACUGAUUUUAUUUUCAUGUUAACAUUUUCCAGUACAGGAUUGAUGAUCAAGAAAUAGUCAUUCUAGCAAGUCCAGACAAUUUUCUGACCCUUGCCCGAUUUCCUGCCAGACACCUUUGCUGAUUUCAUUUAUCAUGAUCCAAAUGGUUCGACCAAAGUUGUUCAUUUGUGAGAUAAGGUUGGACCUAGAAAUCUGAUGCUGCUUUCAGGCAAGCCUUCCUGCAUACAAAUUUGCAGGUCUGCCAGGAUUUAUACCCGAAAAUGUUACAUUUAAAAACAGACAAAACGGUUGUAUCGCAUAAACAAACAGGCUCCUUAUCUUGAUGCAGUAUUUUCCUGUCAUUAGAUGGCCGGUACUACUUCCUGUUAUUGCCACCACUAAUUAAACAUAGUGUAAACAUAGGUUUUAACAUUGUCGUUACAGAUUUGACCAUUUUGUUGCACCGUUAAUGAUUUGUUGAAAAUGUUCAUGAUCUUUUGUGACAUGGCAAUGAGAUUUAACGUAUCUUGUUAUACCGUUUCAUUGGCUGUUUUGUUAAGCUGUUUGCGGAGGUACAGGUAAUGCUGUUCAGACUUCCCUAAUAAGAAACUUGGAGUUAUCUUGACCAGGGCUUAGGUUGUUGCUUGACAUUUUUCUGAAUGCACUACAGCACGGACGGGAGUCAUGUUUCCUUGCUUGGUUACUUCGUAUGUUAUAUUAUCUUUUGCUCUUGAUCAGCAUUCGUUUGUUUAAUGAACAAACUUUCAUCCCCAUGUGCAAUAAAAAUUAUUCAUAUCCAAAU